AUGUCGUUAUCGUCUCGUCACCCUUCAUCGCAGAAGACGAUGUUCCCCUCAUCCGAACUGUCGCUCUACCCCGUUGGUAGUGGCCGCACCGGGUCGUCAGCGUUGUCGUACUUUCUGACCAAGCCGCUGUUGCUCCACUCCAAGGAAGGACUGGAUGUCCACUCGUUUGUCAGUAAGCCACGGCGGUGGCCGUUUCGGCGUGGCAGCUCCCGGGGAUUGGUUGCAACCAAUGAACCUCCUCUCAUCGAUACGUUGGGUCUCGACGCUACUGUGGCCAAAGUGAUUGCUCAACACCGCCAGCUCACCGGUCUCCACGACAAAAUGUUGGCUGAUUGGCAAACCUGGGCCAGCGGCUUACCCGAGGACACCGAAAAGGUUACCCUUCGUUUCACCCGCAUGUUCAUGGCCUACUCAACGCUUUUCGACUGUGCUAUCGACGACUUUGAGGCGCUCCAUCUGACGCUUUUGUGUAUCCGAGACCGGGAAAUCAAGCAACGUCGCUUGGGCAAAGACCGCUACCACAUGCAAGAACAAGCAAAGCAGGCGAUGAUUCGCAACGGGCCCCAGUCGUACGACAACACUAAGCUCCAGGAACUGCUUGAAGAGAACCUCAACUCGUUCCGCUUUGUCAAGCAACAGUUGAAGCGAGCGAUAGACUCGGAAUUGCGCGAGCUGGUGGACCAAUUCACACUCCAUUGGGGUCAAGUGGUCCACGAUACCGACGAGCGCAUUGAAGGGUGGAUCAAGGAAAACGCUCAGGCAGUGUUGGACGCAACUUGGGAAGAGUAUGACGAGAACGCCUACUCCACCAGACCCCCACCUAAACGGGAAACUAGUGACAGUACCGCUGGUACCACUGGCACCACAGUCAAGCGGGAACAAGGGUGGAACGUCAGUGACGAAGCGCCGUGGUCCGACAAAGUGUUAGGCGAUCUCAGCAACGUGCCUAAAGUCCGCGACCACCCCUACCAUCAGUACAAGCCUGCCGAAACGCCGUGUCUCAUCGACGACCCGAUGAUGAGUCCCGCCGCCGAGUGGGGGUCGAUGUAA